AUGCAGUUGCCAUUCUUCCUUAAGAAGCCCGCCGUGGCCAUCAUUGGCGAUACGUGUUAUACGUCCUUGAUUGAAGAUUUUAACUACCGCGAUGUCCCUUGCAUCAAGUAUGCCAUCUCAAAGGGUCUAGGGUUUGGAAUUGUUGCAGGAGGUGCCAUCGUCAAGGUGCCACAGAUCAUCAAGAUCAUUAGCGCUCGCUCUGCUGUCGGUGUCUCACUCUCUUCCUACAUGCUCGAGACCCUUGCCUGUGUGAUCUCACUUGCCUACAAUAUCCGUGCAUUGGCCUUUUUGCAGGCUGCCACUAUCCCCAUCAAUUUGUUCUCGAAGGUACCUCAGAUCAUUGAAAACUACAAGAACGGAAGUACAGGACAACUCGCAGCAUUCACUGAUCUCUUGCCAGAGUCUACACUACAUUUGACAGAAGUAGAUGACAUCAUCAUCCUAUCCGGUUUUAUGUUGAGCACGCUUUUCAACUGCAUCUUGGCCUUGCAGAUGGCUUUGUACUGGAACAACAAGGCCCCUGCUGUACCAGUCAAGGGCGAGAAGGGAAGCUCCUUGGCGGGUCCAUCCGAGACCAAGAAGCGCGUCAAGAAGCUCGAUUGA